AUGAUUAUUUCGUUUCUCCACUCCACCAACAAAACCCUCAACCUCAGCAAGCAGCUAGAGCCUCUCGAGCUCCUAACGAAACCCAAGAAGCUCGAAAACCCCAAUUCCACUGAGCUUGAAAACCCCUCUGAAGAAUUCAGCGAAGCCCUAGCUCCCUUCCUCAAAUUCUUCAAAUUCGACGGAUCCGAAUCCGACUCCGAUGACGGAGCCAUUGAAUUCGCUGAUAAUCAUGAACCCAUUAGUCCAAAACUCGAAGAGGUGACCGAUGUCAGUGUGAAGUACUACGAGCUCAAAAGAGGGGAUUUUGUUGUUGGUGUUCUUGUUUCGGGCAAUGAUAACAAAUUGGAUGUGAACGUGGGUGUUGAUUUGCUCGGGACGAUGCUGACAAAGGAGGUGAUGCCGUUGUAUGUAGCGGAGUUGGAUUAUUUGCUUUGUGAUCUUGAGAAGGAGAGGGAGAGAGAGGAGUUUAUGGCAAAGGGGGAAAUGAGGGUUGUGAGGGAUGAGGAGGUUUUGAGUAUGGAGAAGGUAAAGGGGAGGCCGGUGGUAGAGAUGGGGAUUGUGCUUUUCGCGGAGGUUUUGGGUCGGACGCUUAGCGGUCUGCCAGUGCUUUCGUCGAGGAGGAUGUAUCGGAGGGUUGUGUGGCAUCGAGUGAGGCAGAUUCUCGAUUUUUCCAUAUUUAUCUUUUAA